AUGGUGAACGCCGCGGCCCUGCACCGUCUCCUGCUGUUGGCGCUCCUGCCUCUGGCUCUCGAGGCGCGGCCCCCUCAGCUCUCUUACCACCACCGGCGGCGGCGGCGGCAGGUCUCGGGCGCCGGGCCGACGGACAACCGGAGCCCGUGGGGGGUCUCGCUUCGCAGACUCAUCCCCCCUCCGGCUCUUCCUCACCCCCUGCACAAGAGGGACCUGUCGCCCCCCUCCUCCUCCUCCUCCCCCCCCUCCCCCGCCGGCGGCACCUGCAAGACCACCAACGGCUUUCAGACCAAUUUAACAGCCCACACCGACAAGUAUGAAUUUGUGGAUCUGAGUGGAUCUGUAACCUUGGCUUGGGUUGGGGAUGGGACUGGUGUCCUUUUGGCUUUAACAACUUUUCAGUUGCCAUUCCAAGGAAUCCGCUUCGGACAGUCAAGGCUCUACAGAAGUGAGAAUUAUGGAAAGAACUUUACCGAUGUGACGCAACUCAUCAAUAACACCUUCAUUCGCACGGAAUUUGGAAUUGCUAUUGGCCCAGAGAACUCUGGCAAGGUAAUUCUUACAGCUGAUGUCUCUGGAAAGAGUGGAGGAAGGAUUUUCCGAUCCAGUGAUUUUGGAAAGAAUUUUGCCCCAACGAAUCUUCCUUUUCACCCACUAAUUCAAAUCAUUUACCAUCCCACCAAUUCUGAACACCUGUUAGCAUUAAGCAAAAAUAACGUUUUGUGGCUUUCCUCCAAUUUCGGUGAAACGUGGAAGGAAAUUCAUAACUUUGUCUGUCUUGUUAAGUGGGGGCCAAAUGAUGCAAUAUUCUUCACAACACAUGCUAAUGGCUCUUGUAUUGCCAGGGGGCUGUUGGACCUUAAAAGAACUGAUGACUUGGGAAAAACAUUCAAGGUUAUUGGAUCAAAGAUUUACUCUUUUGGAUUGGGAGGACGUUUCCUCUUCGCAUCAGUUAUGACCGACAAGGUCAGUUUAAGGGCAAUCCAUGUGUCCAUGGAUCUUGGAGAGACUUGGAAUAUGGCACAGUUGCCCCACGUUAGUGCUGAACAGUUCUACUCCAUACUGGCUGCAAAUGAUGACAUGGUAUUCAUGCAUGUUGACGAACCCGGCGAUACCGGCUUCGGCACAAUCUACGUUUCGGAUGAUCGUGGAAUCCUCUAUUCGAAAUCUCUGGAGAGACACUUGUACACGACAACUGGAGGCGAGACAGAUUUCACUAACGUCACUUCACUACGUGGAGUGUAUCUUACUAGUGUACUUGCUGAAGAUGGCUCUGUUCAGUCAGUGAUUACGUUUGAUAGAGGAGGAGAAUGGAAACCCUUGCGGAAACCAGAGUACAGCGAUUGUGAUUCAACCGCCAAAAACCAAGAUGAGUGUAGUCUACAUAUCCACGCGUCCUAUAGCACUUCCCAGAAACUGAACGUGCCUAUGCUACCAUUGUCAGAGCCAAAUGCAGUGGGCAUCCUCAUAGCACACGGCAGUGUUGGCGAUGCAAUUUCUGUUAUGACACCUGAUGUAUACAUAUCAGAUGAUGGUGGAUAUUCUUGGUUUAAAGCUCUUAAGGGACCUCAUCACUACACCAUUUUGGACUCAGGAGGCCUGAUAGUUGCAAUUGAGCAGAAUCUAUACAACACUGUCAAUGUUAUUAAAUUUUCUAUUGAUGAAGGUCAGUGUUGGUAUACAUACCAAUUCAUAGACAAGCCCAUUGUAUUUACUGGCCUGGCUUCUGAACCAGGUGCCAAGUCAAUGAAUGUCAGUAUCUGGGGAUAUAUUGACUUCAUCAUUACACAACACUGGGUGUCUAUCACCAUCGACUUUGAAGAACUUCUUACACGGGACUGUGGUGAUGAUGAUUACAUCCAGUGGCUUGCACAUUCAAGCAACGUUAGUGAUCCUAAUGAUGGCUGCAUGUUGGGUUUCAAAGAAAAGUUCCAGCGCCUACGAAAAUCUUCCCUCUGCCGAAAUGGGCGUGACUAUAUCGUGAAUAAACAACCUAAUGUUUGCCUUUGCACUCUGGAUGAUUAUUUGUGUGAUUUUGGAUACUAUCGACCAGAAAAUAGCUCCAAAUGUCUGGAACAGGCUGAUUUGCAAGGUCAUGACUUGGAAUUCUGCUUACAAGGAAAAAAAGAGAACUUGAAGACGACUGGGUACCGAAAAAUUCCAGGGGACAAAUGUCAAGGAGGUAUACAACUGAAUCGGUCAGAGGAGGACAUUAGCAAAAAGUGCAUCAGUAACUUGCUGAUCCCUGAAAAGCUGGCUGAUUCCUCAGGGUCCAGGGUGAUUCCAAUCGUUGCCAUUGUAAUGGGAUUAUUACUGGCACUGUUAAUAGUUGGAACAAUUGUUAUAAAGAAGUAUGUGUGCGGUGGAAGGUUUUUGGUGCAUCGCUACUCAGUAUUGAAGCAGCAUGCUGAGGCCAAUGCAGUGGAUGAACUGGAUACUAACGUAACUGCCAAUAAAACAGAAUACCACGAUGAUUCUGAUGAGGAUCUUCUGGAAUAGACUUGACUGCAAGAAUGCGAGAUGCUGGUUCAUUUUCCUGUAUGAAGUUGUACUUUUCUUGCCAAACAUCACCUUAAAAGUGGUGCUGUUGCUCCGUCUUGGGUGUUUCCCUAUUAAAUACAUAACCCGAUUCUACAGCAUCAAAGACCCAGUGAGACUUUCGCAAGCGUGGUGUUAUCUAAAGCUGCAAUCACCAGUUUCAUCUGUUUAUCGGGAGUGAAACGGCCUUCAUGUACUUGUUUUAAAAAAAAAAGCCUCUUUUUAUGUGUAAGGUGGGAGUGGAAAUGGACAGAAAAUGCUGCAUAGAGUGAUUAACGGAAUCGUUAACUAGAGUUUUUAAAAAGUAUAUUAAUUGAGAGUGGGUUUUGGAGAACUGUUUUAAUCGCCUUCUGGAUUACUGCUGACAUCAAGCUCCCCUGGACUCUUGUUAUGAUUAGAGCAAAUUAUCUUUUUUCAGAAGAAGAGACAAGAUAUGGGCGUUGGGCAAGAUACCUUCAUUUUCCAGCUGUGGAUAACUUGUCAUACAUUUAUAUGUACGGAGUUGGGUUUUUUAAAAAAAUGAAAUAUGCAAACGAUGGCUCUGAAGAAGAAAAUUGCUGCUUAAACCACUAAGUUUCAAUGAAUUGGAAACUGAGAAAUAAUAUCCAGCCUGUAACUACCAACCCCGUGUGUUUCAUUGUGGUGGGACAGUACUUGGUGUUUUCUCUUGAAUGUCUUGAAAUUCUAGUAGUGAUUCCUUUUGUUUGUCGAUCUUUGUUUCUACUGAAUAGUUUUCCCACUGAGGGGUUUGCCCACCCGUGUGUCAGUUUUAAGGUUAGACCUCCACUGAUCAGGCACAGUUAAAUAUUUUAUUCAAGAGCAAAUUCUCUUCCAUUUUCUUCAUAGGGAUUUUAUUGUAUAGUGUUUUAAAAAUACACUAAAGUACACAUAUCCAUUCAUAAAACAAUCCAGCAAUGCAUUGAACAACUGCCGCUUCACUGCUUGAAAGACUUUCACAACCUGAAGAAAUGAGCAUUGAGUGCUUUUCACACAUUUGGAAAAUUCUGAUCAAUCAUUAACUGUAAUCUUUCUUAUUUACGAAUUGCAAAAUCAAAACUAACAUAUAGACUGAUUUGUUAAACCUUUGUCUUUUCAAAUGCUGCUUGGUGUUGGAAAGGAAUAGCUAUUUAUGGAUCUGGAUAUAUAUAUAUAUAUAUAUAUAUAGCCUACUUGAAGACUUGGUUUGCUUGCUAUUUCCAGGAUAAAUCUUUCCACCUGGAAUUCUGUCUGUAUUUUAAAAGCAUUUAUGUUGCUUUGAUCGGUUCAUAGAAAUAUAGGUAUGAUGCGGUUUCAAAGAUAGAAAGUGAAUUUAAUAACCCCCUGAAAAUGUUUGUGGAGACUUAUCCCGGGUUCCUUGCAACAGUGAGCAGGUAUUUGAGUUUUGAAGAUCUACUAAUCUAAAACACUUAUUUUAUUUCUAAAAUCAGUAGCGUCGAUACGAAAAAAAAUUGAAGGGUUUCCUUCCAUUUUAAAGACUUGUAACAGUUGCAUUGCUUUUCAUUGUUUACGUUUGUUGUGUUUUAUAUUUUGCUCAUUUCUUACGAAUCUUUGCACUUGUUGCAAUACUGCAUGGAGUACUUCCUUGCCUGGAUGUUAUAGUAUGAGGCACACUUCUUCCAUAGACUUUAAUCACAGGCUGCACCUGCUAUUUUUAUUUUAUGACCCAACUAUCAUAGCUGGGAUGCUUCAUGAUUGUUCCAUUUGCUGGGAUGUGAGCAUUCAUUUCUACAGUAUCAAAUAGGAUGUUUUAGAACUGUUGGGGUAAUUUUAUAACCACUCGAUCUUGGCAUUUAAACGUAAGAAUACAUUUGAACGCUCGCCCACCUUCAGUUUGUAACCAGGUGCAGAUCUUUUUUGGUAUUCCAAAUGGAAAGAUUUCAUAAAGGAAAAGGGUAUAGGUAUGUGGGGGUGGGGGGGGGGGGUGGGUGCAAAUAUUGUCUUGGAUUUCACCUGAAUAGAUAGAUUCAAGCUAAGGCAUGUGCAAGAGCUUAACUGAAUUGACCUCGAGAUAUUCAGUAAAUGUCAGUUAAAAACGUCGGAGUUUAAAAAGUUAUGAACUCAAAUCAGCUUUCGGAUAUUUCAGUGGCAAUUUUAGUCUUGACCAGAAUCAGAAAUAUCCUGAUUAUUGGUUUGCAAAGUCGACUGGUAAAAAGCUAACCGUGAAAUUAAUUUAAUGCAAUUUGUGUGUUUUUAAACAAAAAUAAAGGUAUUAUGUUUAA